CUGAGAGCCAAAAAAGGUGCUGCCUUCAGAAAUUCACCAGCAAUGGCCAACAAAAUCGAGAGCUUGGAAGAUUUCGUCAAGGUACAUGGAAUACUCUUGGCGUCUUCAGGUUUGCCUCAGAAACUUCACCGACGCCUCUUCGAGAAGCUUGCUUCGGAUACUUUAGAUGGCGGCGCUCACUUUCAGAUCGAACCCUGCGACGAUAAUCGGCGACGGAGACUUGUUCUCACUUCCGAAUCUAUGCCUAAAGAUUCCGAGGUCUUCCUUGUCGAUCACGCCUGGACUUUUCGUCUUCCCGAUGCCUAUAAACAGCUUCAGGAAAUUCCGGGACUGGCUGAGAGGAUGGGUUCUUUAAUGUGUGUUGACACUGAUAUAGAGGGGAAGGCUGGAGAAGGAGAAGAAGAAGAAGAAGAAACCGAAGAGAAUAAUGAGGAACUCUCUGUUAAUCAGAUAAUAGACAAUGAAAUUCAUUAUGCAGCAGAUAAAGGAUAUGACUCUUUAAGAUGGCUGGAGUUGGAGGGUCUUGGAAUAGAUGAUGACUCGUUGGUGUCUCUGCAUUUGCCGAGUAAAUUUCAGGAUUUAAUGGCGCUUAGUCUUAUUGGGAACAAAAUCGAGAGUGCGGAUGUGGUUAUACGAGAGGUUACGAAGUUUAAGAAUCUGAAGGCUUUGUGGCUGAAUGACAAUCCUGUUCUUCAGAAGAGUGAAAUUCAGAUGGCUGACGAAAUACUGCAAUGCUGUCCGAGUCUGGAAAUCUACAACUCGCGUUUUACAUCUAAUUACGGGUUGUGGGCACUUAGUUUCUGUGGAGAUAUCUUUGGGAAAGAUAAUCCUGGUUUUGUUCAGCAGGAUCAACCCUUGUGCAAUAUCACCUCACUUGACCUUUCAAACCGGUCAAUACACAAUCUAGCCAAACAGGCAUUCUCUGUGCACGAGAUGCCAUUGCUAUCUCAACUAAAUAUCCGUGGGAACCCAUUGGAUCAGAAUUCUGUCGGAGAAGUGUUUGAAGUCUUGAAGCUCUUCCCUUCGCUGUCUUCCUUAGAGGUUAACCUACCUGGACCUCUUGGAAACAGUGCAGUAGAGAUUCUUGAAUCUCUCCCUAAUCUCUCUUUGUUAAAUGGCGUUGAUACAUCUAAAAUAGUUGAAAAUGGAAAGCAUGUUGUUGACACGUUGCUUCCACCACGCCUUCCUGAGCCAAAUCCUGAGGAUAGUUUUGCUGACCGUGUUCUUGGUGCAAUGUGGUCGUAUUUGAUGACUUAUCGCCUUGCGGAUGAAGAAAAGCUUGAUGAAACUUCCUUGUGGUAUGUGAUGGAUGAAUUGGGUUCAGCUUUGGGGCAUAGCGAUGAACCCAAUUUCAGAGUGGCUCCUUUUCUUUUCAUGCCUUCCGGGAACCUAGACUCUGCUGUGAGCUAUUCGAUAAUGUGGCCUAUAAGAAAUUGUCAGAAAGGUGAUGAGUGCACUCGUGAUUUUCUAUCUGGUAUCGGGGAGGACAAACAUCGGUCUGCCAGGCUCACAGCCUGGUUUCACACUCCUGAGAACUAUUUUAUUCAUGAGUUUGAGAAAUACCAACAAAAACUCCAGGCGAAAGCUUCUGUGUCUUUACCUUUGAAACCUUCAGUUUCCCAAAGCAUACGCCAUAGUGAUGGAUCUCCUUUACUUGUACACACAGAUCUACCUCAAGUUGAAGAAUUUCUGACACGUCCAGAAUUUGUAAUCACAAAUGAACCAAAAGACGCAGACAUUAUAUGGACGAGUAUGCAGGUGGACGAGGAGCUGAAAAAGGCGGUGGGAUUAACAGAUGACCAAUACAUAAAUCAGUUUCCCUUUGAGGCUUGUCUUGUUAUGAAGCAUCAUCUUGCAGAGACUAUUCAAAAGGCUUAUGGAUCUCCGAAAUGGUUACAACCUACUUACAAUCUUGAAACACAGUUGUCCCAGUUUAUUGGGGACUAUUUUGUACGCAAACGUGACCAAUUGAACAAUUUGUGGAUCUUGAAACCAUGGAAUAUGGCACGGACAAUCGACACAAGUAUAACUGAUAAUUUAUCUGCUAUCAUCCGCAUGAUGGAAACUGGUCCCAAGAUCUGCCAAAAGUACAUAGAGCACCCUGCUUUGUUCAAGGGGAAGAAGUUUGAUCUGCGAUACGUUGUCCUACUGCGGAGCAUUGACCCUCUGGAGAUUUACCUGACAGAUAUUUUCUGGGUUAGGUUGUCUAACAACCCAUAUUCAUUGGAAAAGCAUAGUUUCUUUGAAUAUGAAACUCACUUCACUGUCAUGAACUAUGGUCGGAAGUUGAAUCACAAGCCCACGGCAGAGUUUGUGAAGGAGUUUGAACAAGAACAUAACGUUAAAUGGCUGGAUAUCCAUGAGAAGGUGAAGCAAAUGAUACGGCAAGUGUUUGAGGCGGCAGCUCUUGUGCAUCCGGAGAUGCAAUCGCCCAAAUCUAGAGCCAUUUAUGGAGUAGAUGUAAUGCUCGAUAGCUCCUUCCAGCCAAAAAUCUUGGAGGUUACAUACUGUCCUGACUGCAUGAGGGCUUGCACAUACGACAUGGAAACCAUAGAUGGUAAAGGUAUGGUUAAAGGCCGAGACUUCUUCAAUUACAUAUUCGGGUGCCUCUUCUUGAACGAGACUGCUCAUGUGACUCCCUUGUAAGCUCAAUGGCUAGAGAAGAUUGAUGGUCUUACUCAAAUAGCUGCAGCUGUUUUUAUUUAGAACCAUGUCGUCUUGUUGGUUAUGCACCUUGAGAGAUUUUUUUUUGUUCUUUUCCUUCAUUAUCAGCUUUAUUGUUAAAUGAAAAGCUUAAUGUGCGGUUUUAUGUAAACAAAUUUGUUCUGAU